CUCUCAGGAGCUGGACAAAUACAGGGAUUGGUGAUUCUGACAGUUACCAGUGAGGGAAUAAUAUAUCAUACAGCCUGAUUACUCAGACAGUCUGAAGUCCCAGUAACACCAGAUCAAAACAGAUCGGGAGAUCAUGACAGUGGUGUUUGUGCUCGUCGCAAUGUUAUAUUUCCACAUGGGCGUCCUUGUUGAAACACAGGCGCUGGCCAGAACCAAAAGAAACCCAGGUCCCUCACCUGCUUUCCAGUUAUUUCUUCAAAAUCUGCAAAAUUCCAACGUGAAGCUUUUGGAGCCACAGGUAAAGAGUGUCCCACAGUCCCAAAUCACCUCUGCAUCUGACUCUGCUACAGGUUUCCUGGAUUCUAAAUUGGAGAACAGGGAGGGAAGCAUCAAUGACAGUACAGUGCCAAAAGGUAGAGUUAAACGUGGCCCCGACAACAAAUACAAGCCCUCGCGCUGCUUCCUGGGCAUCUGCAACACUCUCAACCUGGCCUAUAGACUCUACCAGCUGGGACCUAAAGGGAAGGAGCCAAGUCCCCCAAAAAGUACAGAUGACCCCAAUGGCUACGGAAAACGUCGGCGGAGGAGCCUAAUCUCACUUUUUGCCAGGUGCAGGAAGCUCCAAAUGCACAGAUUGGUGGAAAAGAAGUAAGGGGAGAAAUCCUGAUUGAUCUCCUUCACCUCCAGCUCUCACCCAACUUGCACCACACAACCUAGACAGGCACAGUCCACAUCUACUGCCUCUUAAAGGAGUGGAGGAUGUGUGGGGGAAGGAACCAGGCAUAAAGUAAAAAUCAAUAAUAUCUGCUGGGGAAGGAAUCUGUGAUCUUCACCUGGUGUAGCUUUUAGUGACUCAAGCCUAGAGCAAUGUAAUUGGCUUUUAAUUGUCCUCUAGAAUUUAGGGAUGGGGUGGGGAAAGAGACAAAAAUAGAAGUUGCUGAAAAAACUCAGUAGGUCUGGCUGCACC